UCACGAAAGUUGUACAGAGGUGCCACAUCCAUCAAAGCCACAAGAGGCUAAAUUACUGGCAUUACAAAGCCGCGACUACAUUUACAAAACUGGCGUGAUAUUCCAUAUUCACCUCCCAAACCCCAUCGACAAACCCUACCCUUCCCCUCAUAGCUCUCCCCAUCUAGCUUUCCCCAGGAUCUACACGAAGGGGGACUAGCACAAGCCUGCUGUGUCUAGCUCUCCCCAAUGAUCUUCGUGAAGGAGGGAACCUAGUCCACGCCUCACAACCUCACCAUGGCGGCCUCGACGGAUCCGCCCCAUCCGCCCACCCCCUCGACCAACAACCUCCAAACCUUCCCCCUCUUCCCCCACCUCCCCCCCGAAAUCCGCGUCUCAAUCUGGACUCUCUCCCUCCACCCCCGCACCCUCGAACUCCACUCCCCAUGCGCUCACUACGCAAACCCACACAACACCUCCCCGCCCGACUCCCUCGGCCCCCCCCCUUUCCAAUCACGCUCCUACAACCCCGCCGCCUUGUCCACCAGCCUCGAGUCCCGCAACGCCGCUUUGAGAACCUACUCCAUCGCCCUCCCCCUCGCCUCAGAAAUGCACCACCGCUCGCCCUGGGCACAGCGACGAGUCCUCUACAUCGCGCCGGACCGAGACACCCUCGUGCUGCUCGGGGACGAACCUACCAUCAAAGUCUCUCGGCUGGUAAAAUGGAUACGUGACCUCCUCGCCGCGCAGGAAUCACCGGUGACGGGGUUGAGGAAUAUAGGGGUCAGCGCGAGCCAGUUCGCGAGUAGUCAGGGGGCGAUGAUAUUACGUUUCGUCGGUCGAGAUUUAUUCGAGGAUGUGGAGAGGUUCGUGCUUGUUAUUGGCCCCAGACCGGGAUGCGGGACGGAGGUGAAGCCGCCGGAGGGGUGGGAUGGGGGGAGGUGCUUGUUGAGGGAGUUUGAGGGCGCGGAGGGGGAGGAGGAGGAAGAAGGAGGGCAUGGGGAAGAGGAGAACGAGCAGUUUAGGGGCUUCCAGAGGGGGGUGGGGAGGCAGUUUAGGGAGAAGGGGGGGUGGAUGGUUGUAGGGAGGAAUCGGAUGAGGAUUGCGAGUGUGUAUUUUGAGAAUGGGUGGUAA